UUUAUAUAAACAUCUCACAAUGGCUAAACACCCUCCUUCAAAUUUUCAAAUUUCUUCUGAGCUAAAACCCAGACAAGCACCUGUUGGUUGUCAGAUCAUUCACUAAAAUAAAAUUUAAAGAAAUAACAAAAGAAAUAAUACUUUUUCUUUAAAAAUUAAACAUUUCCCUCUUUCACACGGAAAUGACGUUGUAAUACUAAUAAGUUCCUCCUUCGUUGAACCAACCCUUUUUUUUUUUUUUAUAAAAUUUUUGGAAUUUGGAGUUCAGGUUUGGAUCUAAGAAGAAAGGAUUUGGUGGUGACUUUUAUGGUGUGUUUGAUCAGUUUUUAGAGAUCGAUAAUGGUGAUGAAGGAGAGAGACGAAGAACUAGCUUUGUUCCUGGAAAUGCGGAGACGAGAGAAGGAGAAAGAGAAGAGCAACAAUCUUCUCUCCAUUCACAACUCUGAACAACAACUCAAUGUUCCUUUAGGAUCUAACGUAAAAGUAAACGGAAACGGAAACGUCGGUGGCGGAGGUUCUCCGGUAUCGAAGAUCGUCUCGGCCUUGCCUGUACGAAAGACUGCAGCAGAUAAUUUUUUGAAUUCGGAGAACGAAAAGUCUGAUUAUGAUUGGCUUCUUACUCCACCUGGUACACCACUAUUUCCCUCUUUGGAAAUGGAAUCACAGAAGACUCUAAUGAGCCAGAUUGGGAUGUCUAAUGCUCGUCCAGUUGCACUGAAAACAAGGAGAUUUUGCUACUUCCCUAUUUGUCAUAUCUUGCAAAUUUAUCUUGCCUUGGGGUUUCAGCUGGCAAAUCUCCCGGAGGAACCUGCUUUGAAGAGCACUCUUGCCUUAAAGCAACAAGCUCCGUCAGCCGGAGUAAUCUCUUCCAGUACUCUAAAUAGAAGGCCAUCUUCUUCCGGGGGUUCAAAAUCUGCUAGUAGACCUGCAACACCUACUGGUCGGCCCACUCUUCCCAUGACAACCAAGCCUUCAAGGUCUUCUACUCCUACAUCACGAGCCAACUUGCCUUCCAUAAAGCCUGCUGCUUCUACAGCAAGAUCCUCAACUCCAACUAGAUCUGCUCCACGUUCUUUAACGCCAACUGCUAGGCCCUCUUUGCCUGCUUCCAAGUCGACAUCAAGAUCAUCUACGCCAACACGUCGACCAGCUUCCUCAUCUACCACGCCUAUUGCAUCUGCACCUUCUGGUCGAUCCUCUUCAGUAACAAGAUCAGCUUCCACUACAUCUUCAAUACCGAAAUCAGCUUCCCUUACUUCUUCACUUAUGAAAUCAGCUCCUGCUACAUCUUCUGUUACAAAAUCAGGUACUGCUGCGUCUUCCAUAACAAAACCAUCAGCUGCCACUACAUCAAAAAGCUCAGUACAAUCACGGGGCACAUCUCCAACCGUGAAGUCUAGGCCUUGGAAAGCAUCUGAGAUGCCUGGAUUUUCGCUUGAAACACCACCAAAUUUAAGGACAUCAUUGCCAGAAAGACCGGUAUCAGCCUCACGGGGGAGGCCAGCAGCACCUGGUGCCAGAUCAUCUUCUGUUGAGGCCAAUUCUAGUGGAAGACCAAGACGCCAGUCCUGCUCGCCUGCUAGAAGUAGGGCAUCAAGUGGCAGUUUUGGUAAUGGGAGCUCCAUUCGUUCUGUGCGUAGAGCAGAUGCCAAUGGCAGUGACAACGAAAGUCCAGUAGUGAUUGGGACAAAGAUGGUUGAGAGAGUGGUAAAUAUGAGGAAACUGGUACCCCCAAAACAAGAUGACAAUCAUCGAAACAACCCUACCGCAAAAUUAUCUACUUCUCUCGAUAGCUCAGGAUUCGGGAGAACACUCUCCAAAAAGUCUCUGGAUAUGGCUAUGAGACACAUGGAUAUCAGGCGAAGUAUUUCAGGUCAUAAGCUUAUGACAAAUGUUCCAGCUUCCUCCAUAUAUAGUGUGAGAUCCGGAUCCACAAAGAGCAGGACUUUAAGUGUUUGUGAUUCUCCUCUUGCCACGAGCAGCACUGCCAGCUCUGAGCCAAGUGUCAACAAUAAUUCAUUCUUUAUGGAUGGGAGUGAAAUGGAAGACAAUGAUAUCAGUAGCGAGAGAGGAAUCUCCUCUCCAACCAGCCAGCAUGUUAGCUGAGCAAGGGAAACACUUCCAUCCAAAUUAAUAUAUGUCGGGGGAAGCUCAGGCAGCAUGAUGAUGAAGAAACAACCUGUUUCUUAAAGAAGCUGAUGGUUAAUGGAGCAUUUCAAAUUUAUGUAAUCUGUUAGUGCAGGGAUAGUACUUCAGUACAUUAAUGUAAGAAUGAGCUUAGAUUUUGAGGGGGAAAAAAGAACCACUAUUUUAUAGUAAAACUUUGAUUCCUGGUACUAGAUAUGCUACUCCUACCUUGCUCAAGGUAUAAAAAGGAAUUAUUCUCCCAAA